UCUUGAUAAAAAUCCGACGGGCGCUCCACCCGCACAAGAAUAAUCAUACUUUAGUAAUUUUAUUGAUCAAACAAUGUUAUUUAUAUUUGAUGUAUUAAUGAAUAAUCCAAAUGAUUCACUAUUCAAGGUUUUGCACUGAUACUGCGUUUGCCUUCUUCAGUUUGCCAUGACGACUGUGGUGAUGGAGCAGAUUGGUCGCCUGUUCAUCAAUGCUCAACAGUUGCGUCAGAUUCCUCAGCUGCUCGAGUCGGCCUUCCCUACUCUGCCCUGCACCGUGAAGGCCCAUGAUGUGCCCUGGGUGUUCCGUGAGCCUCACAUCCUUGGAGGCUACAGGCAGCCGGAACACAGCUGGCGCUACUACUUCCUCACCCUCUUCCAGAGGCACAACGAGGCACUCAACGUUUGGACCCACCUGCUUGCCGCCUUUAUCAUCCUGGUCAAGUGCCAGGAGCUGUCCGAGACAGUGGAUUUUCUCCGUGACCCCCACGCCCAGCCGCUGUUUAUUGUCCUCCUCUCAGCCUUCACCUACCUGUCGUGCAGUGCCCUGGCCCACCUGCUCAACGCCAAGUCCGAGCUCUCCCACUACACCUUCUACUUCCUGGACUAUGUGGGCGUGGCCAUCUACCAGUAUGGCAGCGCCCUGGCCCACUUUUACUAUGCCAUCGAGGAGGGCUGGCACACCCAGGUGCGAGGGGUCUUCCUGCCCACCGCAGCAUUCCUAGCCUGGUUCUCGUGCUUCGGCUGCUGCUACGGCAAGUAUGCCAGCCCGAGGCUGCCCAAAUUUGCCCACAAGCUGUUCCAGGUGGUGCCCUCGGGCAUGGCCUACUGCCUGGACAUUAGUCCCGUGCUGCACCGCAUCUACAGCUGCCACCAGCAGGAGGGGGGCUGCUCCAACCAGGCUGUGGCUUACCACCGCUACCAGGUAAUCUUUUUCCUGGUGAGCGCCUACUUCUUUGCCUGCCCCCAUCCAGAGCGCUGGCUGCCCGGGCGAUGUGACUUCAUUGGCCAGGGCCACCAGAUCUUCCACGUGUUCCUGGUGCUGUGCACCCUGGUGCAGAUUGAGGCGACACGCAUAGACUACAUUGAGCGGAGGCCCCUCUACGAGCGUCUCCAUGGCAACCUGGCCCAUGAUGCAGUGGCGCUCUUCAUCUUCACGGCAUGCUGCAGCGCGCUCACUGCCUUCUACAUGCGGAAACGUGUGCAGGCGCAACUGUGCGAAAAAGAGAAGUAGGAGCUGUCAGGACAGAGGGAGAAAGGAGGAUAAUGGAGAAAGACUAAUCUGAUUUACACUGGAAAGCUAAAAAAAAGACAAGAGAUUAAAGCAAUUAGACUUUCAUUUUGUAAAAACAAUGACCUGCUGUUUUUUUAUCCUUUUUUUUUUGUGGCCUGCCAAAUGACAUUUUAAACUGGCAACAUUGACUGUCUUGUGAUGUUGACCUUCCAGGAAGACAGAAAAAUCCUGGUAGUUUCUGUCUGUCACAUCACAAGCAGUCCCUGUAAUCACAAGCAGUCCAUCACAAGCAGUCCCUCCCAUCUUUGCACUUCACAGAGAGGGUGAGAUGAAGGUCGGAAUUGAGACUUUUUUAUUGUGUUGAUUUUCCUAUUCAUUUUCCACUCUCUACUGUGAGAUCACAUGUCAUGGCCUGGCUAGCUACUGAAUAGUCUGAAUGACUGUUUGACUACAUACUGUACUGUACAGACUGACCAACACCAGGCAUGACACAGACCAUCUCAAUAGAGGUAUGCAGGAAAGAAUGGAAAGAAUACCCACGUUGCCCUUAAGUGGAUCAUCAAAUAAAUAAUUAUUUAGUUCAAUAAUUUCUCACCAGCUUUUAUUUCUUAAAAGUACAAUGUGAGUUUCAAAGCUAUUUGACUCCCAAGUCAAAUGUUAAUGCUUAAUGAAGACCAGUAUUCUUUUUUUAUUCCUUGGCUAUCUCAUGAUAUUCAAGUGAGCUGCAGUCGACACCUCCAAAUGGUGUCUCCCCUACUCAUUCUCUCUGUUUUAUCUACCAUAUUCUCUGCCCAUUUUCUCCAAAGCUGGGUUUGCUAACUGAUUGAGGUGCCUAUAUGCGCUGUCAGAUAUAAUAGACUGGCAGUUAGACUGGGCUAGAGGCAUACCGCGCACAAUUUGCAAACCAAACAGAACAUUUCUCCUCGAAGACACAUACAUUGGCCAUUUUACUAACGUGGAUUGAUCAUGUCAAAGAACAAAGCUGGCACUCUUAGGAUAGUUGGCGUAAGAAAUGGAUGGAACUAUGUGCCCAAGAUGACUAUGAAGUCUCUUUGUCGUUGUGAUAAUAUUCCUUUGUAUUCAAAGGGCUGGAACUUCAGCUUUUGCCUUUUCACACCCGAUGAUGUCAAUGCCUUUGUGUGUAUUGUUCAGUCUUUUCAUGGACUUGACUUUACUCACAAAAGGGCUGUCUUAGUACUUAGUAUAUGUAUGGUUGGGUAUGUAGAGUUGAAGUCGGAAGUUUACAUACUCUUAGGUUGCAGUCAUUAAAACUCAUUUUAAAAGACUCCACAAAUUUCUUGUGAACAAACUAUAGUUUUGGCAAGUCGGUUAGGACAUCUACUUUGUGCAUUACACAAGUAAUUGUUCCAACAAUUGUUAACAGACAGAUUAUUUAACUAAAAUUCCCCUUAUCAUAAUUCUUUCCCUUAUAAUGCAUUCUAUCACAAUUCCAGUGGAUCAGAAGUUUACAUACCAAGUUGACUGUGCCUCUAAACAGCUUGGAAAAUUCCAGCUGAAGCUUCUGAUAGGCUAAUUGACAUCAUUUGAGUCAAUUGGAGAUGUACCUGUGGAUGUAUUUCAAGGCCUACCUUCAAAAACUCAGUGCCUCUUUGCUUGACAUCAUGGGAAAAUCAGAAGAAAUCAGCCAAGACCUCAGAAAACAAAUUGUAGACCUCCACAAGUCUUGUUCAUCCUUGGCAGCAAUGUCCAAACGCCAGAAGGUACCAUGUUCAUCUGUACAAACAAUAGUAUGCAAGUAUAAACACCAUGGGACCACACAGCCGUCAUACCGCUCAGGAAGGAGACGCAUUCUGUCUCAAGGAGAUGAAUGUACUUUGGUGUGAAACGUGCAGAACAGCAAAGGACCUUGUGAAUAUUCUGGAUGAAACCGGUACAAAAGUAUCUAUAUCCACAGUAAAACGAGUCCUAUAUCAACAUCACCUGAAAGGCCCGCUCAGCAAGAAAGAAGCCACUGCUCCAAAACUGCCAUAAAAAAGCCAGACUACGGUUUGCAACUGCACAUGGGGACAAAGAACAUGCUUUUUGGAGAAAUGUCUGAUGAAACAAAUAUAGAACGGUUUGGCCAUAAUGACCAUCAUUAUGUUUGGAGGAAAAAGGUUGAAGCUUGCAAGCUGAAGAACACCAUCCCAAUCGUGUAGCACGGGGGUGGCAGCAUCAUGUUGUGGGGGUGCUCUGCUGAUGGAGGGACUAGUGCACUUCACAAAAUAGAUGACAUUAGUCAGGAAGAUGAAGCAUGGUCGCAAACAGGUCUUCCUAAUGGACAAUGACCCCAAGCAUAAUAUCAAAGUUAUGACAAAAUAGCUUAAGGAAAGUCAAAGUAAAGGUAUUGGAGUGGCCAUCACAAAGCCCUGACCUCAAUCUUUUGGAAAAUUUGUGGGCAGAACUGAAAAAGCGUGUGCGAGCAAGGAGGCCUACAAACCUGACUCAGUUACAACAGCUCUGUCAGGAGGAAUGGGACAAAAUUCACCCAACUUAUUGUGGGAAGCUUGUGGAUGGCCACCCAAAAAGUUUGACCCAAGUUAAACAAUUUAAAGGCAAUGCUACCAAAUACUAAUUGAGUGUAUAUAAACUUCUGACCCACUGGGAAUGUGAUGAAAGAAAUAAAAGCUGAAAUAAAUAAUUCUCUCAACUACGUUAUUCUGACAUUUCACAUUCUUAAAAUAAAGUGGUGAUCUUAACUGACCUAAGACAGGGAAUUUUUACUCUGAUUAAAUGUCAGGAAUUGUGAAAAACUUAGUUUAAAUGUAUUUUGGCUAAGGUGCAUGUAAACUUCCGAGUUAAAAUGUACAUGCCUUGGAGCAUGUCUCUUUGCGUGUAUUGCUUUGCUUGUGUUUGCUUGUGUUUGAUUCAGAUGUGAAUGUGUUUGAAAGCCUGUCUUUGCACUUAUUUCUUAUGUUCAAGACCCCUCUUAAGAACACUGUAGUUCGUUAACGUCCUCUCAAGUCCCUUAAGGUGACAUUUUAAGUCUGUCACACAUCAAUGAAAGGUGAAAUAAUUGCUCACAAAAGAGCAGGAUUUAUUUUAAAACCUAAUUUUAUGAUGUCCAUGAAACGGUGGCAAUAAUAUAUUUAGAGCUAAUGUAAACACAUUACACAGGUAUUCAAAUCAGGACCAGAGAGAAAAAUUCCAACACUCAUUUUGAAAGAAAUGCCAUUUAAAAUGUUAAUUUUAGAUUAAUAAGAUUGCCCCUAGUGUUCUGUUGUGAAAUGCCUCGUAAAAUUAACGUAAUUUUAUAUGUGCUGAUCAAGUUUGAGGUGGCAUUGAACUUUACAGACUUGAGACCUGGGUUUGGUCUCAGCCAAAGUCACUAAUAAUGUCAUCCUACAAAGCUUAGGCUAAUAUCUAACAGGUGACGGAAAGGUUAAAUCAUGACUGACUUACAGCUAACUGCCAAAAUAAAGGAAACACUUAAGUGAAUGAGGGAUACAAAGUAUACUGAAAGCAGUUGCUUCCACGCAGAUGUGGUUCUUGAGUUAAUUAAGCAAUGAACACCCCAUCAUACUUCGGGUCAUGUAUAAAAAUGCCCAGUUGCCUGUUAUUUUGGCUACCAUGGCUAGAAGAAGAGAGCUCUGUGACCUUGAAAGAGGAGUCUCAAAGGAGCAUAUGGGGUUUAAAGUAAGUGUGUGUGUGUGUGUGUGUGUGUGUGUGUGUGUGUGUGUGUGUGUGUGUGUGUGUGUGUGUGUGUGUGUGUGUGUGUGUGUGUGUGUGUGUGUGUGUGUGUGUGUGUCAGUCACCAGAUCUCAACCCAAUCGAACACUUAAGGAAGAUUUGAGAGUGGCGCAUGAGACAGCGCUUUCCACCACCAACAACAAAACACCAAAUUAUGGAAUUUCUCAUGGAAGAAUGGUGUCGCAUCCCUCAUAUAGAGUUCCAGAUACUUGUAGAAUGUAUGCCAAGGAGCAUGGACAAUGUUCUGGUGGCUUGUGCUGGCCCAACGCCCUAUUAAGACACAUGUUAUUUAGGCAGUUCCUUGAAUUUUAAUUGUUAUGGUCUCACUGAUAAAGGGGUUGCAAUGACUAGAAUAAAAUUAUUGUGACCCCUAGUAUCCAAACUACCACUGUAAGUGCCAUUCCUAACACAAACCAACUUUUAAUCAUAUAACUGUUCACCUUGAUACUACUGACUCUCACUAUACUGCACAGAACCUAAAGCAGGGAAUCUUUAAAUCAGCAUUGAUACGGUUCUACCCAGGGUUGCAGGUUACCAUUUUUCGUCAGAAAUCUUGUAGUUUUUCCUGAUCUGAUAACCUAACCAGAUAAAACUCACGACAAUAGACAGUAUGGUUGAAUAUGGGCUCGGAUGGGACCAGUUUUUCUUAUCAGGUCACAUGGUUUAAAAAAAACUCCUGAACUUGGGGGAGGGUGAAAACCAUGUCAAACUGCAGCAACCUUGUACUUGUUCAUAUUAAAAUAAAGACUAGGGAGGUUUCCUAUACACAGGGGCCAAGGCCCCCAGAAGAUAUCAUUUUAGAGAGCUCUGUAAGUUGUUUCACAUAAACAACUAGAUGCUGUUUUCCAUUGUGCCCUUAGGUUUAUUAUAUGUGAUGGUUAUAGAACUCACCAUUUCGUUUUUUUUAAUCAAAAAUUGGGUUGGAUGUAUGUAACAGAUAAGCAGCAUUUUCUUGUGUUUAUCAACAAAGCACUCAUGCAGAAACUUCCUAUGUAUCUAUCAUCAUUAAUUAAAUUUAGACAUACAAAUGAUCAAACCCGAUCUCAGGCUUGGAUAGCACUGGAGGCCCCUCUGGUCUCCACAGAGUUGGGUAAAGCUGCUUUUCGUUUUUUUUUUGCACCCUUUAUAUGUAAAUGCUGCUGCAUGCAUAUAGAUAAUAUCCCCAUAGUCUAAAAUAGACAUUUAAGUGGCCUGGACAAUUUCCUUCCUUUAACAAAAGUCAGACAUGUGUCAUGACGUUGCCCUCUUUGGGUACAGCAAGCCCCAUCCCCCUCUACCUGUCUCCUACACACAGGCUGCUGUGGUCAGAGAGAGGUCGUAAAUUCCUGGAGGAUAUCAUGGUCCUCAUGAUCCUCAUGGAUAUCAGGUCCUCAUGGCCACAGUAUACAGACAGAGUGAAUUUUCAUAGAGAACAAAGGAAUUUCUUCCACUUCACAGAACUUGAUGUCUGAAUAACAUUUAUGUUCUGGAGAAGGUAUAAAAGAUCGGUGUAGAAUCCAGCUACAAACUGGUCCGUUUGGUACAAUUUGGUGAAACUCAUGGAAGACAAUAAGACAACAUUACCAUAAUGCUGUUUAUAUAACAGCCUCAUAUUUGAGGUUUUCAUCUAAUUGUUGUAUAAGAUGAAUGAGUGAGGAUGAUACUGUUUGUAAAAUUGUGUAAUGUGAUUUUGGACUGUUUAAUGAAGGAAACUCCAAUUCCCUUUUGAGUUUAACUAAAUCAGAGGACUGCCCAUGAGCCCAGUUAGGGUCUGGCAUACUGGGACAGGCCCUUUUCUGCAACUCCCGAAUAAAACCCCCACUUUGAUAAUUUCUCAACAGACCAUGUUUCCCUCAAUUGCGAGCGGACAAACAUUUGAGUAGACUGCUGAAUCUUUUAACCAUCCCACGUGGUUAACUCUGAGACUAUCGAUACUGACAGAAUAAGAACAAGUCUUUGAUAUUAAUUAUUAGUCUGCAGCUAGGAAUUCGGAAUCAUUGAACGCGAAGACCGACAACCGCCGAAACAUCUAUCCAUAACGACAUGAAUGAAGGUCACUCUGAACUAUCCAUCCUAACCACGUCAGAGAGGGCGGACAAACUCUCCAACAGAAACAAACUUUUCAACAGAGAUCCCCGACGACACAAUGAAUGUAAAUAUAUAUAUUGAUUGCAAUUGUUCCCGAAUAAGUGAGCGUUCAUGUGCAAAGGAUUAGCAUUUCAAUUGUUAGAAUUACCAACUGUGUGUUGUCUUAUCUCUGUCGACCCCCACUCCCCUUUUGUACAGCAAGCCGCGAUGCCGGUUUAGCCCACUGGGGCACAUUCCCCUAUCAUUUCUUGUAACCAUAUUUACUUUGUUUGUUUGUGUGUGCACUUCUGUGAUUGUUUAGUUAGUUAAUAAAUAAAUGAUUUAAGACAA